UUGAGCUUAGCCUCUCUCCUUCGGGGCAGUCUGUUCAGGUUUUAGAGAGUCACUGUUUUUUCAAGACGAAGACCACCAUGAUGAUCAGGCGACUUUUUAUUCUGCUGCCAGCCCUUGUCACUGCUGCUGCAGCUGCUGCGGUGUUUGUGGAGCAGCAAGAUGCCAAUUUGUUACUACGGCAACGGCGUGCCAACAGCGGCUUCCUGGAGGAACUGAAACAAGGAAAUCUGGAGCGUGAAUGUCUGGAAGAAAUCUGUGACUAUGAAGAAGCGCGUGAAGUCUUUGAAGACGAUGCUAAAACGAGACAAUUCUGGCUGACAUAUGAGGGCAAAGACCCAUGUCAGGUUAACCCAUGUAAGAACAAUGGAACGUGUCUUAACGUCGGACCAUCCUACGAAUGCCAGUGCGCUGAUGGAUUCGAAGGAAAAUACUGCCAAACAGUGUUUGAAGAUUCCCUUAAGUGUCUUUACAAGAAUGGACAGUGUCGUCACUUUUGUGACGGAUCUGGACAACGUCGCAAAUGCUCCUGCGCACAUUCUUACAUGCUUGGAGAGGACGGACGAGACUGUAUUGCUGAGGUGGAGUUUCCAUGUGGCGAACUGCCCCCAGCCAUGGAUCAGAGUGUUAUCGGACAAACACGGAUGGUGGGAGCAAACCACUGUCCUGAAGGGGAGUGCCCCUGGCAGGUUUUGAUUCAACUUGGUGGUCUCAGUCACUGCGGAGGUGCUCUAAUUCGUCCAGAUUGGGUGAUCACCGCUGCACACUGUGUCCAAGGAAAUCUUCCUGCCAACCUCACUGUGGUACUCGGUGAGCAUCACCUGGACAACCUUGACAGCACUGAGCAGUACAGGUCCGUUUCCAUGGUGAUUAUCCACAAGGACUAUGUGCCUUUGACUGGCGAGAGUGAUAUUGCUCUGCUGCGUCUGGAACACGCUGCCACCUUGAGCCGCUACAUUCGCCCAGUCUGUCUGCCCACCCGAGGCUUUGCAGAGCACGAGCUCCUCCCACUACGUUAUCACACCGUGUCUGGGUGGGGCAAGAAGAUCGACGCAGGCAAACCAGAAGCUCCCGGUGCACCACCAAGCUCUCCUGUCCUCCGAAAGAUGUCUGUUCCAAUCCUUCAAAACUCCCAGUGCUCACAAUACUCUGGGUUUAACUUUACAGCCACCAUGCUCUGCGCCGGGUACCUGGAAGGUCAGCAAGAGAGUUGCCGCGGCGACGAUGGCAGUCCUCUCGUAUCUCAGUAUGGCUCUACCCACUUCUUGCUUGGGGUAGUUGGCUGGGGUCAAGGAUGCUCCCAACCAGGCUACUACGGUGUCUACAACAACAUGGUCCACUUUGUGGACUGGGUGGAGUCUACUAUGAAGUCUCCGCCCACGGCUACCAAGUCAUUGGCCUCACCCUGGUUUGCACAGCCCCUGAUCUCAGACUCCAUUACUGACGCGGAUCGUCUGGCUGUACCCACCAUGCUUCUCUGGUCAUUCCUCGUCUUCCUGCUCCUCGACCUCACCACCCCUCACGUAUUUGUGGGGAACGAUGAGGCGCACCAGAUUUUAACCCGCCGCAGACGCGCCAACAGUUUCCUGGAGGAAAUGAAACAAGGAAACAUGGAACGAGAGUGUGUUGAAGAACGCUGCAGCUAUGAAGAGGCACAUGAGAUAUUUGAAGAUGAUGUGAAGACAAAUGAAUUUUGGGCUGUGUACUAUGAUGGAGAUGCAUGUUUAUCCCAACCCUGUGCUAAUGGAGGCCGGUGCAAGGAUGGCAUAGGCAGUUACUCUUGUUACUGUCAAACCGGCAACCAGGGCUACAACUGUGAAAUUGUGAUCCCGGAACUUUGUGAGAACAACAAUGGUGACUGUCAACAUUUCUGUAAUGUUGUUGAUGAGAACGUCCAGUGUUCGUGUGCGACUGGUUACUUCUUGUCAUCUGAUGGCAAAACCUGUGAGUCUGACGAACCUUUCAAAUGUGGGGUCAUCCAUGACGACAAGACUCGAACGAUAUUCAUGUAUGACCGCUCAAACAAAACAGCAGAAAUGAACGCACAGCUGAACCAAACAGAGUUUGAGAGCAACAUCCCCUGGCAUGUUACUGAAACAUCAGCGCCCUUCGACAGCAGCAAUACCACUCGGGAAUACUACGACAUUGAGGAUGUCAUCGAAUCGCAAGACGCAAGCAGGGUCCGUAUUGUAGGCGGUGAUGACUGCCCGCCGGGGAACUGCCCAUGGCAGGCCCUGAUACUGAAUGAAAAGCACAAAGGCUUCUGUGGUGGAACAAUCCUGAACGAGUACAUCAUCCUGACCGCUGCCCACUGCAUGGACCGAGCAAAAUACUUCUAUGUCAAGCUGGGUGAGUUUGACGUUCUGGUCGAUCACGGACACGAGGCAACCCAUCAGGUUGAGAAGAUCAUCAGACACAAUGGUUUUUCGACCACGUACGAGAACGACAUUGCACUCAUCAAACUGACCAAGCCCAUAAAAUUCAGUCGCUACAUCUUGCCGGCGUGCCUCCCGGAGAUGAACUUUGCUGAAAAGGUUCUGAUGCGGCAGCCAGAAGGACUGGUCAGUGGGUUUGGCCGGUUAGUCGAGGGUGGCGCGCCAGCCACAAUCUUACAGAGGCUUUCGGUGCCAUAUGUGGAUAGACAGCUCUGCCUGGAGUCCACUAACCUGCGCAUCUAUUCGAGCAUGUUCUGUGCUGGGUAUGACAAAAUUCGCAAGGACGCAUGCCAGGGUGACAGCGGCGGCCCACACGUCACACAGUACCGCGGCACAUAUUUUGUUACUGGAGUUGUUAGCUGGGGGGAGGGUUGUGCUCGAGCCGGAAAGUAUGGCGUCUACACACAAGUUUCAAAGUACCUGGAAUGGAUCCGUAAGGGAAUGGAAAGGUUAAUGAGCAACCCUGCCAUUACUAACCCCAGGAACAAGCGGCAACCAAAAAAGAUAAAGAGAAUGGUUCAGUAAAAGAAAUUUGGUUUGCCACAGUCGUGAUUUUCACUUGAGCUGUUUUACAAAAACAAUCCAGCUAUUCAAAGUCUCGAUCCUCAUCCUAAAAGUCCACGUGACGUGUACAAUGAUAAAGAACUCAUCCUCACCUUUGCUUCAAGAUCAGUUGAAAUAAAAAAGUUCAGACUUUU